UUGGUGGUAAGGUAUGUCAUAGAAGAUUCUAAUUUCGUAAAACCUGAGAGGGUUCAAUUUUUGUUAUUUUUCUAUACAUGAAGUAAACAUUGUCCGAUCAAAUUUAAAUAUGAUAUCCAUUUGUACUUUUUGUUCGAUUUCCUAAGCUGCAAGUAAUUUUUUCAGGAAAAACAAUGGAAUGCAAAGAGGAUGUAUUACUGGUGAAGGAUAAACAAUGAAAAGCCGCGGCGAGUGUUCGAGCAAGGUGUGGCACAGCCGCUGCCCGUUCUGCCUCAAGGUCCUCCAUCGCACCAGCAUAGCCGUGCACGUGCGGGAUGUGCACCUGCCCACGGCCGCCGCGCCGUGCCUGGUGUGCCACCGCGUCUUCCGCACUCGCAACAGCCUCAAGAACCACAUGUCCGUGUACCACCGCGGCGUCAGCCUCCGCCCGUGUCAGGAGGAGGUGUCGGCGAGCCCGUCGGGAGACCAGUGACCGCCACGUUGGCUCACGACCGACCAGCAGAACUGUUCAAUUCUGCUCAUGCGAACAAAUCCAUAUAGUACUCCAACAGAUACACCAGCAGAACAAAAGGUUUCUCAGCGGACGCAAUCGCUAACACGUCAUGCCCGUACGAUGAGGGGUUGUGAUGCCUAUUCCUUCCUUCCUUUUCCCUGCACGACUCGAAUUUAUGAGCACAGAGGAGAUACCUAAAAUUAUUUGGACUCCGUUAAAGUUGUGGAGGUCUCCUGUGUUUAAUAAGCCUCCGUGCAUUGCGCCGUGUGACGUAAAACUCCGACAAAUCAAAUCCGGUGGACUGUACUAAGUGUGUACCCAGUGCCCUUCGAAAACAAGAAACUUCCAGGUGCCAUAUGAAUACUCACGACUAGGAAAAAAAAGUGCAAACUUUUGGCCUGGCUGUUUAAAAGUUUAAGUUUUACAAGUGAAUAUGUUCUCGUUUUGAGCAUUUAUGAAGGGUGGAGAAAUUUAAAUACUUUACAUUUCUCAUGUGCAGAUCAUCAAUUUUUUUUGUUGGGAUCGUGAUUUAACCAUAUCAUCAGUAAAAAUUUUAUUUUUAAAAAAAACUUUUACUGUUUGUGUUCCUUUUGUAACAUACUUUGUUUGAACUUUGGCAAGUAGAAGCUCAUUAUUUCACAUUUACUUGAAAAUUGUUCUGCUUGUAUGUUUAAGUGAUGUUACGUAUUUCCUUAAAAUUAAAAAAAAA